AAACAAGAUGGCGGACUCAACCUUAAAAAUUUGGUCAGCUCUGGAUUAAAAGUUUAUUACGAUUAUUAAUCAAAAUUAUCAAUGUUCGCUUUUAAGAGUCAGUUUAUGUACUCAUUUCUUACUAGUAUAGCGUACAAGAACAGCUUUUUUACGUCAGCACUACGAUUUUACCAAAGAAUUGUGCUUAGCAAUGACGAUUUAGAAGAAAAGUUUGUGAAAGGUUGGGGAAAAGGAGGACAAAAAGUAAACAAGACAAGCAACUGUGUGGAGUUGAAACACGUACCUACUGGCCUGGUAGUCAAGUGUCAUCAAUCUCGUUCUCUGAUAAGAAACAGAGCUAUAGCGAGGGAAAUACUAGAGAAAAAGCUAGACUUCAUGAUCAAUGGAAGCAAAAGUGUUUUGGGACAGGAAAUCGUGAACAAAAAGAAAAGAAAAUAUGAAUAUGAAAGAAAAAGAAGAGCAAAAGAAGAAGCCAUGAAACAAGGAGUAAACGAUACGAAUGAAAAUAAAUAAAUAUUUUAUUAUUA